AUGAAAAUUUCCGGGCAUUCUAGUCUUAACAAAGCUGAAAUACUUGUACUACGUUCUUUAUCUAAGAUCUCUAACAGAAAAUGGUUUUCAUUGAUAUGUGAUGAAACAAUAGAUGAAUCAACACUUGAACAAUUAAAUAUUACCGUCAGAUCUGUUAAUAAUAACUACAACGUUUUUGAAGAUGUUAUCGGUCUUUAUGAAAUAUCCAGACAAAAUGCUCCAACAAUUGUUGAAGCAAUUCUUGAUACAUUAACUCGAUAUGGAUUAGAUAUUGGUGAAUUUCAAUACUUGUGA